CUCAUUUCACGAGUGUCAGUCUGCGAUUGUAGAGCUGCCCUGUCAUGCUGAACUGACAAUCAGGACUGUAGACAGUAGACAGUAGUAAUUCAUGAAAGCAGACAUGAUACGCCUUGUGCUGAGCUGAAUCCUUUCCCCCUGAAUUGCCCUGAUCCGUUUCAACCCUUGCUAAUUUUUGACCCAGCACCACUUCCGUAACUCGCUGCUCCUGACCACUCACGUUCGCCAUGACGAGCAACGCCGUGCCCACCGAUGAACCGAGGUCCACCACGCUGAACCCCUCCGUGCCUCCCACAACACCACCCGACUCUCUCCUUCUCCGCUCGACCUUUUCCGCCCUCGCUCACUCGUCCACCACCCUCAACCGUCUGUCCAAAUCCCUGUUGACAUGUGCCAAUGCCUACCUCACGCUCCUUUCCCAGGUGGAAGCCACCGAGCAGGCGUUCCUGACCGCGCUUGGAGAGCUAGGUCGAUGGCUCGAGGGCGGGUUCAACCUCGAGACGAACGGGUGGGAUGAAAAGUUAAAGACUCGAGCAGCGGCUCGGCAAAAGCAAAGACAAGAUCUCGAGGCCAUGACGUCCAGUCUCGUGACCCUACGCGCCGGGCUCAAACGUAUAUCUCAGAGCAAUUUUGAGACCACGUCCAAACAGUACUAUCAUCAGACAUCCCAAUAUCUCGCCGGAGGCUCAGACUCAGCACAGACCGCUCGAGUGGCUCAAUUCGAACUCGCCAAGCACGAAUAUCAUUCAAGUCUUCUAGCCUCUGUCCCUCCAACAUCCCUGUCAUGCCUCGAUACAUUGGAACACAUGUACGGAUCCUCCCGUGCCGAGCUUCGAGACUCUCUCGUCACAGCUUGGACCGAACGGAAUCGCCAAACAUCGCUGCUCGCCGCUUCCGCCGGACCGAAACCUCCUCGAUCGGUAGGCGGUCGCUUGCGAAGCUUUGUGUCGUCGCGCGCAUCAGUGGACCUUGCCCCUCGCCCGGUCGUCGCUGCCCCAGAUCCCGUCGGACGCAAGAAAGAGGGAGUUCUCUGGGGUACGGGGACUUGGGAGGAGCUCGGCAGGACGAAAGAACUUUGGGUCGUGUUGGAUCGCUCGUGUAUAUUCGAGUAUCAUAGCUUGUCUUCGCCUCAUGCCAUGAUCGACCUGCGAUUCGCUAGUGUGCGGGAAGGCAGAGAUGACCGACGGUUUGUCUUUGAGAUCGUCACGACGCACGGCAAGCGUACCUAUCAAUCUACCUCGGAACUCGAGCUCCAGCAAUGGGUCUCUGCAAUCUGUAACGCCAUCGAAUCCUGCAUCAAUGGCACAUCGACCGUCCGUACGCUGGACGUGCUGCGAUCUGCAUCUGUGCGUCACUCCAUGCCUCCGCUGAGUCAAACUACACCGGACGAUCCGAUCGCACAAAGAGUCCUCGAGAUGGCAGGAUUGAGUGGUCAGACGCCGCCUGAUGCCGCCCUCCUUCGGUCCAUUGCAGACAUGCCCUCUAAUGACUUAUGUGCGGAUUGCGGCACGAGCAUCAAGCGCUCUCGAUGGGCCACGACAAGCCUCUGGGACGUCCCGAUGGUCCUGUUCCUCUGCAUCCGUUGCUGUGGUCUUCACCGAGGUCUCGGGACACACAUCUCAAAGCCUCGCUCUGUCGACCUGGAUAUCUGGAGUUCGGACUCUGUACUUCUCGCACAGGACUGGGGCAACACUCGAUGCAACGAGAUCUGGGAGAAGCUCAAACCACCAAAUACGCAUCUCGACCCCGCAGAAUAUAUACGCCAAAAGUAUGUCGAAGGCUCUUGGCUGGCCUCGGAGGAUAGGGCAUUGUUUGGAUUCGACAAGGGGGUCGCGUUGUAGAUGUCGGAGUUGCGUCGUGC